UUUCGACACAUUUUUUUAUCCCUUGGUGGCUAGUUUGCUGUGGCCACCUGUGGCUGACGUGGCCGAACAACCCCCGGACUUAACUUCCGUUGAACUUUGGCUGGAAAACAACAGGGAGACUGGUGUGGAAGAAAGGAGAAGUUGCUUCAGAGUGACACGGUCCCGUGAGGAUGGCUCGCUGCGACCGCAGCGUUCAGAGCCUGCUGGCGGUGGUGGGGGCUUUCGCUGCCUUUAGUCUCAUGAGCAUCGCCAUCGGCACCGACUACUGGCUCUACUCCCGGGCGCACAUCUGUAACGCGACGAACGUCACCGCAGACGAGACGCAGAUGCAGAGCAAGAAAGUCAAGGGAGACCUGACCCACUCGGGACUGUGGCGAAUCUGCUGCAUCGAAGGGAUCAACAAGGGAAGCUGUUUUCGGAUCAAUCAUUUUCCGGAUGACAACGACUACGACACUGACAGCUCGGAGUACAUCUUACGCAUCGUCAGAGCGUCCAGCCUCUUCCCCAUCCUCAGCACCAUCCUGCUCAUGAUGGGGGGUCUGUGCGUGGGGGUCGGUCGGAUCUAUAGCAGAAGGAACAACAUCCUGCUCAGCGCUGGAAUCCUGUUUGUAGCAGCAGGCCUGAGCAACAUCAUCGGCAUCAUCGUCUACAUCUCCAGCAACACUGGGGAUCCCAGCGACAAGAAGGACGAGGACAAGAAGAACCAGUACAACUACGGCUGGUCCUUCUACUUCGGCGCACUCUCCUUCAUCGUGGCAGAGUCGGUGGGCGUCCUUGCCGUCAACAUUUACAUCGAGAAGAACAAAGAGUCGCGCUUCCGGGCCAGACGGGACUUCAUCAAAUCGUCGUCCUCACCUUACUCCCGUAUACCCAGUUACCGCUACAGACGAAGGCGGUCACGAUCCAGUUCCAGGUCCUCCGAUCCGUCCAGGGACACGUCUCCAGCGGGCUUGAAGACGGCAGAGGGGACGAGCAGUGGAGUGGGAAGGGCUCCGCCGUUCGGGGAUCUGUCUUUGUACGCGCUCAGCAGGGACGCUUUGAAGGUGGGAAGCGGGAACGUUGGACCCUACAGUCCAGAGAAGGACUUCCUUCAAGUGCACAACUGCUUUCAGAAGGAGCUGAAAGAUGGUGUGAACAGGAGGACCACUCCCGUAUGAGCCUGCGAUGAUGAACAUAAUCCUCCUGUGGGCUCUUGAGUCUCCGUCACUGCUGCGGAGAGCUCACGCCAAGAUAAGACUUCAAAGUGUGAAGGGAUUCAUUUUUCUGGCUGAAGACUUUAGAGAGAUUGAAGCAAAUAUAUGGAUUAUAAUACUUUCAACUUAGGCAUCUGUCUUGUAUCAUCUGUUAUGGAAUUUAUGAUAUAGAGGAAGAUUGUGUGUUUAUAUAAAACUGCCACGAUCAUCUGGUGCCAUAUUUUUAUCUGGGCGCGGCUUUAUCCUCCAAUAAAAAAAGAUCAUAUCAGUAGAAUUCUGGGCAAAGAUUUUUGAUUUUGUUGUCAUUCAUAAUUUAAUAUGUCCCUGCUUUUUAAGCGGGGUAGUGGCUGUCCCAUCAAACUGGGGCGAGAGGCAGUGGACCGUAGCUUUUUUCAUGACACAGUCUCUCAGGUGCUUCUUGUCUCUUGAUGUGUGAUCUCUUUAGAAACAGAACAUUAAAAUCUCCAGUCAACUCACCUGUCAUUCAAAGCAAAGCUUGACGGUCAGUACCACCAUGUUUCGCAGCACUGUGGGGCCUUUGAAGGCCAUCACCAAGGUGGUGUGGAGAUCAGGUACAUUACAACGGGAGGGAGUGUAGCCUGUCCAACAUGUAGCAAUGUAUUCCAGAUGUUAUUUUUAAAAGCUGUAUCUUAAACUCUGAGGGGUCUCAUGUAUUAUGUAUGCUUUAAAUAUGAAUUCAUUUACUGGUGCUAACUUGAUGUGUGCGCCUUUGAUCAUUUUAAACCUUCUGAACUGCCAUUCAUCCUUUUCACUGCUGCUCAGUGGCGCGUCUGAGCCGUGCGGCAUUCCUGUGUGUGAAAUGCAUAUAUUAGUUUAGAAAUCAUUCCACGUGGCACGUACUUAUCCAGUGCUUUUGUUUGCACCAACAAAGGGGUGUUGCUGUUUACUGACGCUUGGUUGAAGGUAGAGGGUUGGCUCAGGGAUGGUGUGCAGUUUCAUGAGCAGACGUGUAGCUUCAAGUGUGACUGUUUCAUGUGACUGUUCUUUAUCGUGUCAGAUUUGCUGUGCUUGGAUUUAUU